CGAGACAUUUUCUCUCAAAAUGGCCGAAGGUGGUGUAGUCGAGAUGUCGGAAGACCCCGAAAAAAUCCCCGAUUGUGCCAAACAAAAGUCAGAAAUUGCAAAUCUGAUGAAGAAAACUCUCAAAAAAGGAGACACGUGGUACUUGUUGGACACUAAAUGGUACAAACAGUGGAAGAAAUAUGUUGGGUACGACAGCUGGGACUCGUUCAGUGUUGGAGAACAGAACUCCCAUCCUGGGCCAAUGGACAACACCCCACUUCUCAAAGAGGAGGAAGGAGGUCUGAAACAUCAUCUGAUCGAAGAACUAGAUUACAUGUUGCUACCAGAAGAAGCCUGGGAUAAGAUGCUGGUCUGGUACGGCUUGGCCAAGGACCAGGAGCCAAUACGUAGAGGUGUAAUAGAGCAAGGAACGUUUGUUAAACACUUCAAGGUGGAAGUGUACCUGCUGGACGUGAAACUGUGUCGGAACUCGGACCUCGAAACUGUGAUAACGAAGCAAUUCAGUAGAGUAGCCACUAUAGAAACAAUUGAAAAAGAGAUGAGAAAUGUAUUUGAAAUCCCGGAAGAGAAAGAAGUCAGAUUAUGGAAUAAAUACAUGGCCAGUACUUAUGAACACCUGAACAAACCAGAGCACACAUUACAAGAUGCAGGACUGUAUACUGGGCAGACAAUUGUGAUUGAAGAGAAGAAUGAAGAUGGGACUUGGCCAAGACAAGCUAAAAGUACCAACACUUACACUUCAACAUCUACAAGUACGAACUCGAGAUCCAACAGUAUAGGGAGUUCAAGCCAUGAUUCAGGUUCAGGGUAUAGUGGAGGCACCUCCUACAACAGCUACUAUAACAGUACCAGCAGCUACGAGCCAGGGCGGGGCCACGCCACCCCGGGGCUGUGUGGGCUGGCUAACUUGGGCAACACCUGUUUCAUGAACUCAGCACUACAGUGUAUGAGUAACGUGCCUAGUCUAACCCAGUACUUCCUCACUGAUGAAUGGGUGAACGAAGUCAAUGAAGAUAAUCCUCUCGGCAUGAGGGGUGAAAUCGCACGAUCAUUUGCAGAACUUGUGAAAACGCUUUGGUCUGGGAAAUACAGCUACACCGCUCCAAGGAACUUUAAGUAUGCAGUGGGUAGAUUUGCGCCGCAGUUCUCUGGCUUCCAACAACAGGACUCCCAGGAGUUGAUGGCCUUUCUACUGGACGGUCUACACGAAGACCUAAACAGGAUCCGUCAAAAACCUUAUAUAGAGAUGAAAGACACCGACAACCGACCUGAUAAGGAAGUGGCUAAGGAAUCCUGGGAAAACUACAGGAAGAGGAAUGAUUCUGUGAUAGUAGAUACUUUUCAUGGACUUUUAAAGUCCACUGUACAUUGUCCGGAGUGUGCUAAAAUUUCUGUGACCUUUGACCCCUUCUGUUAUCUCUCUUUACCUCUCCCAAUCAAAAAGGAGCGCCAACUGGAAGUGUUCUGGGUUCCUCUUAGUCCCCAGAAGAAGCCUGUGCAGUUCAAAUUAACCGUGCCAAAAAUGGGAAUUGUAACGGAUUUAUGCAAUGCACUGUCAAAUCAUGUUCAAACAGACCCAGACAAGAUGGCCGUAACUGAUGUAUAUAGUCACAGAUUCCAUAAAAUUUUCUCUCAUGAUGACACACUUAACAAUAUACUAGACAGGGAUGACAUAUUUGUGUAUGAGGUACCUGUAGCGUGGGACGACCCAGAUACUGUCAUUGUUCCAAUCUACAUGAGGGAGAAAAGAAUGAAGAAUCAGUACUCAAGUUACCAGAUGUCGACAUACCAACUGUUCGGACAACCCCUCCUCCUUCCCGUCCCAAGACGGGAGUGUACCUAUCAGAUCCUUUACAACCAGCUCCUACAGCGAGUCUCGAGGUAUGUUAAGAUUCCCGAGAAUGCAGGCUGUUGGUGGAAGGAUGAGGAUGAACAAGAUGGACAAAUGGCCGACUGUAAUGACGGAAAGGAUAACGGGGACAGAGACAUAAUCAAUAACGAUGAAACCACGAAGGAGAACGGGAUGGCUGUGGAAAACGAACAGAAGCAGAUCAAUGGAGAUGCUAAUGAAAUGGAAAUAUCUGCUGCAAAUGGAAGCAAAGAAAAUGAAAUGGAAGAUAAACAAAACAUACAGAAUAAUGAAAACACAGAGACAAAUGAUGGCGUUAACAUGGAACCACCACCGCUGUUCAAAUUUAGGAUGGUGAAUUCUUAUGGAAGUGCAGAAAUAGACCACAAAUUAAAAAAUGAUGGAAAUCCUCUACGUCUACAUAACCGAACACAUAUAGCAGUAGACUGGCAUCCUCUAGCAAAGGACAAAUUCUAUGAUGAACAAGCCGCAGAGGACUUAGAGCAGCAUGAGUCAGUGAAACAAAGGCUUCAAAGGAAACAGGUGCUACAACUGGACGACUGUGUGGAGCUCUUCACCCGAGUCGAACAAUUGGGUGAAAAUGAUCUCUGGUAUUGUCCACAGUGUAAGAAACACCAACAGGCUACAAAGAAGUUUGACCUGUGGUCACUGCCAGAUAUCCUCAUCAUUCACCUGAAGAGGUUUUCCUACAAUCGUUACUACCGUGACAAAAUUGACACACUCAUCGAGUUCCCAUACAAAGGGCUGAAUCUGAAAAAGUACUUGAUCAACAAAGAGCAUGGAGCUGUGACCUAUGACCUGAUAGCAGUCACCAAUCACUAUGGAGGAUUAGGUGGCGGUCACUACACUGCCUAUGGAAAGCAUGCGGAGGACGAUGAAUGGCAUUACUAUGAUGACUCGAGUGUGUCGUCUGCAUCGGAGGAGGAUGUCACGUCGAAAGCUGCCUAUGUGUUAGUGUAUCAGAAGCAGGGGACUAGGUCUAAACACAUGAAGUGUAGCCAGAAUUCACAUGCUGCUGGAGGGGCCAUGGAGAACGGCGGUACCAACAGUCUCAGUGAUGAGGAGAUGGAGACCACGUAAGAUUUAGCUGGACACUGAGGAUGGAACUUGGGUGUUUUAACUGAAGAUGUGACAAUUAACCUUGGGGAUAUGACAUAUCAUGUGAUAAAAAGAAAACUCUGAUGUCCAUAGUUUUAAAAAUAGGAACCUUGAACCCAACAGGAACAAAAAACAUUCUAUACAGGACACCAGAGAAACCUCGUGAGUCGUUUACAUGGAGCUGACUGGCUGUCCUCAAAUAGAUAGUACGGAGGAAGAUGUACAUUGAUGUGAUGUGUUCUUCUCCUUACCAGUGAAGCUAGUGUGUGUUACCAGUGUGUAAAAAGAAAUUUGGUGUAAUGUGGAUUCUCAAUAUUCUUACUAGAGUAUUUGAUUUACACGCAUGUUAAAGUGGAGUUAUCUCCCUUGUCAACAGGUCUUAGUCAUUUUGUUAUUGUCUGUUACCUGGCGGUAGAAAUGCCAAUUGUGUGAGUAGAUCAGUUGAAUCCUCUUUGAAAGUUGAUUUCUGUCAUAUAGGAAGUCUGAAAUAUGCUGAGACGAACAGUUUACUUCUAAGGAAAAACCUAUAACUUAGGACCACAUUUAUUUGUUCUCCUGAGGAGUCCUUCUUAGGACAACACUUACUCUGACUUGUAUCCUAUCCAUGAUGGCCCUUAUGUGUCCUACUGUGUCUAUCCUCACUGUCCUACUUUUUAGUUCAUUCAGUCACUGAGUGGGAGAACCUGUCUGUGCUCAAAGAGGACGGAUUUGAUUUGUGAUGUACUAGAUUUAGAUGGCUCUACCAUCUUACAAUUGUAAAUAAAGAAUCUGGUUCUGUAGUAAGUAUAUAUUAGUCUAAUUACUGUGUAAAUAUGUUGAUGUUUUGUAUAUAUUUGAAUAAAAAAUAUAUUGUAUCACAUUUGGUACAUACUUGAGGCUAUAACUUAUUAAAUUGCCUUUAAUUCAAAAUGAGAAGGGUUUCCUAGCUAGUGAAUGUGUAAGAUCAAAAUUUGCUAUAUAAUACACCAUACAUGGCCAUUCUAGCUUGAAAACGUUUACAAAUCCAGAUAUAUUGAUUUUGUCGUGACAGCAAUAAUAUUUUUGUACCAGUACAUCAAACCAUCAUCCAGCAAAUACUGGUAACCUACAGGUUGGUACUAGCAGUAUGUAAUUAUUAUAAACAGGCUUUUUAGACAGUGUAAUGAUCAAAUUCAGGAUGUUUACAAACAGGAUUUGAACUUCAUACACUAGAUGUGACCUUUGCAGACAAGUUUGACUUCUGAGGACAGGUGUGACUUUUAUUGACAGGAUGUGACCUUUGUAACAGGCAUGACCUUUAUUGACAGGAUGUGACCUUUGUAGCAGGUGUGACCUUUAUGGACAGGAUGUGACUUUUGCAGACAGGUGUGAUUUUUAUGGACAGAAUGUUAGCUUUGCAGACAAAUGUGACCUUGAUUGAGAGGAUACAAGUUUGCAGACAGGUGUGGCCUUUAUUGAGAGGAUACAAGUUUGCAGACAGGUGUGGCCUUUAUGGACAGAAGUUGACCUUUAUGGACAGGAUGUGACCUUUAUUGACAGAUUGUGACCUUUAUUGACAGGAUGUGACCUUUGUGGACAGGAUGUGACCUUUAUUGACAGUAUGUGACCUUUAUUGACAGAUUGUGACCUUUAUUGACAGGAUGUGACCUUUAUUGACAGGAUUUGACCUAUGCAGACAGAUGUACCAUAAAAGAACAGAGAUAUAAUAUGACAUAAGUUUGUACAGACAAAAUGUAAUACGAGUUUGACACUUGUGUAACUAUGUAUAAGCUGGUCAAUAAUUUAUUACAAUCUGUGUUCAUGUGUUGAGGUAAAUCGUUGUAUGAUCUUAUUAAUUCUUUAUUCUGUCUUAACACUUAGUAACAUGCUUCCGACUGCUUUGUUUCUUGCAUUCUCAGUAAGCCAUGAAUGAGAAACUAUUAUGUGAUGCUUUUGUAUUUUGUUUUCCCUAAAAUCUGUAAACAUGUCCCAUUCUACAUAAUAAUAUUGAAGUCAGGAUUUUCAGGGUUAGUAGAAUAAUGAUGAAAUGAGGUGUGCCAGUGCAUAAGAGUGAUAUGUAAUGGAGAAAUCAAUUCUGGAGUGUGUAUAUACACCAUAUUGUGGGAUCAGUAGAGAGUUAUAGCUCAAGACUUAUGUUCAAAGACGUCUGUUCUUUGUUUUGUGUGAUAAUCUAGCAACCUUCGCAGGAAAGAAAAAAAAAAUCAGAUAAUUUGGUUUAGAAAAAAUCCUUCUGCCCCGCCAAAUGCUCGAACAUCAGCCAAAUUGAAGGACAACCAAAUUAUAAGGUUGGCUGCUAUACUUGUAUGGUGUAUAUAAAGUAUGAUAAAUUCUACAUGUAUGGUUAUAUCAGGUGAAUGCUAGAGUGUCAUACAUGUAUAUCUCGUGGUGAGUCAUGUUGACUCUGUAUGGUGACAUUGGUUGAAUGAUUUUGGUUUCAGGUUCUGCUAUUGUUGUGGAAGUCUACAAAGGGAAUAUAUUGCUGUGAUUUUUUCUGACAUUGGUUUGUGUGAUUUUUUAAUAGAAAUAUCUAGAGAAACAUCCAUAUUUAGAUUUGACAUAAAAAGAACUGGUAAGCAGUUUGAAUUAGGAAAGUUUUCAAUAAGAAUGGUUGCCAAGUGUAUUUUUCUUCACUCAAUUACUAAAAAACUUAAUAUUAUUUAUAUUGCACCUUUGAGAUAAUACUCCUAUCAGGUACUCCUUUAAACCAGCAGUAUUGCAUUUAUACAAACAUGAAAAUGUUACAGGAUCAAAAAAAUACAGUUUGUCAUUGAAGGAUUGCCCAGUGACUUGGAACGCUGUUCUAACGAAUCACAGUUUGUCAUUCAAGGUAAAGCACAGGGGUUUGGCACCCAAUCCUAAAGAAAUACAGUUUGUUAUUCAAGGUAAUGCACAGGGGUUUGGCACCAAAUCAUAAAGAAAUAGUUUGUCAUUCAAGGUAAUGCACAGGGGUUUGACACCCAAUCCUAAAGAAAUACAGUUUGUUAUUCAAGGUAAUUCACAGGGGCUUGGCACCCAAUCAUAAAGAAAUACAGUUUGUUAUUCAAGGUAAUUCACAGUGGCUUGGCACCCAAUCAUAAAGAAAUACAGUGGGUCAUUCAAGGUAAUGCACAUGAACUUGGCACCAUCCUAACAAAAUAGUUUGUCAUUCAAGGUAAUACACAGGGGCUUGGCUCCCAUUCCAAACCAAACACUGUUUGUUAUUCAAGGUAAUGCACAGGGGCUUGGCACCCAAUCCUAAAGAAAUUCAGUUGUUAUUCAAGGAAAUGUACAGGGACUUGGCACCCAUUCCUGACGAACGGUUCACAUGUAUAAUACAUCAACAGAACUGUAUACUGACAAUAUAUUGUCAAAAAUAUUUCACUGAAAAUUUUUAACACAAACUGAUUGUUGAAGGGUUAUAUUGUUGCAUACUCAAUCAUCUUAUUAUUUACUUAAUUGUUUUAUUUGAUUGAAUGUGAUCUAGAGGUUGCUAAUGUGUAUACAAAGUAUCCAUUUAGAUGAUAUUGAUUCAUUACCAGUAUAUAAAGUACCAUUUACUGAAACAGGGCCAUGUUGGAUUUUUUCAGUUGGUCAAAAAAUUACAGCAGAAUAUUUUCAUUGGUCAAAAUCUUAAAGAAAAAUAUGUUUCUUGAUUCUUUAAUUAUUAAAAUUUUUCAUACAAUUGCCAUGCUAAAGAUUUUAUGAAAUGACCCAGAAACUAUGUUUAUGUGACAUAGAUACAUAUCAAGUCUGACACCUGUGUUUAUGACUUAAUGAAUCACCGAACAUCUCAACCUGUCUAGGCUCUGUCAACUUCUGUCUGCAGGACAGAAUGUCUAUGUACAAAGUAUUAAUAUCUGGGCUACAAUACAUUUGCUUAUUUCCAGAGGAAAAUAUAUUACAUGGGCAUAAACAUGGUAAAAAAAGCGACUGUUAAUUGUUUUUAAUUUAGUUUUCCUGCAAACUCUAUUUUUACCCCCAAAUUCGUUACGCAUUUUAAGUGGUACAUGUAUUUCCGAUUCCCCUGAAUGUGAACUGUUGCACUAGUUUACUUGGAGCUGAUUUGUACACCAGUUAACUUGAGAAUUCAAGGCCGUGAUUUGCCAGGUGAUAUAUAAUCUGUGGUAUUCUGUAUUCUUUGUAUGUAUGGUGUAGUUCUGCAGUUAUCUGUAAAAUUUUGAUAUUUUACAUUUUAAUUGCAAAUAAAUUAUUAAUAAACAUG